AUGACGUCAUCAACAUCAAUUAGAAUAGUAAUUGGCAUCAAUCAAAUUUCACGCAAGAAGGCCGCCCCUAACAACGGCAAAAUAACAUCGGGCAAAAACAUCGCCAAGACACGGCAACCUGAAAUGCCGAGCGCCAACACUUACAAAUGUGAUGGUUGUCGAAAAGACUUCAAAAACGUCUGGUUACCCAAUAAACUAUGCUGUCGUCUGGCGCAGAGUGAUUGUGCAAGUAUUGGCAACACAUACAGUCGGCAUAUGAAUCAAAGCCUCGCAGAAAUGACAACGGAUCCUGCAAAGAAACUAAGCCUGGAUAGCCCUCGCUCAAAAAAUGGAGAGAGUGGAAAAGCACAGCGUAAUAAUAUCGCACCGUUCUCAUCCUCAGGCAAGCCGACAUGCGGGCAUUUCUUCUCGCGCGAUACCGAUCAUCGUAAAAGAAAGAUUGGAAUCCCUCCUUCAAAUCUGGUGCAGUGGAGAUCUUAUGUUUCAUGA